AAUGUUUGUGUCGUGUAUUUCAGGGUUUCGUGCCGGGCAUGUUCGGCGUGUCGCACGGCGCGCUGCAGUUCAUGGCAUACGAGGAGAUGAAGAACAGGUACAACCAGUACAGGAACCUGCCCAUCGACAUUAAACUGACGUCGCUGGAGUACCUGACGUUCGCGGCGGUGUCGAAGCUGCUGGCGGCGGGCGCGACGUACCCGUACCAGGUGGUGCGCGCGCGGCUGCAGCACCGCGGCGCGCGCGCUACCGCGGCGCGUGGCACUGCGUGCGCGACACCUGGAGGUACGAGGGCUGUCGCGGAUUCUACAAGGGUCUGAAGCCGAGCCUGGUCCGCGUGGUGCCUGCGACCAUGGUCACCUUCCUCACAUAUGAGAACGUGUCGCACUAUAUGCUCAAACGCUCUGAGCUAAACGCUUCUUACGCCGGCACGUAGAGCUUACAUUUGAUAGCUCAGGGUCGCCUUGACUAAAUCAGUGUGGAUGCCGAAAGGGAAUAAAAAAUAAAAGUAAAAGGGAAAGGGAAGUUAGAAUAUAUGUCACAAUGAUAUCUCCGGGUGAGACUAAUUGACUUAGCGACUUCUUUUGUGACAUUGUGUUUUAUACAUAUUUAAAAGCAGCACGAUUUUCUGUUUUUGGGAAUUUGUUAAAACUUUUCGAUAAACAAAUGUCGCUUAAGUGAAUUAGCCUUUUACCAGUUACAUAAAUUACCAAAGGUGAGACGUACUUGCUGUAGAAGCAUGUCAAAAAAGAAGUUAAGUAUAUUAUUAUUAG